AAUCAAAGACUAGAUCACAAGCAAUCUACAAGUAUCGCGCUGAUUGUGAGACUUACGAAACGCGUGUACCUACGAUCGUUAGGCAAAAAUUUUAUUUGUCAUUAUUUUAGUUAUAGAAAUGCCUCGAUCCAAAGUUUCCGACUUACUUGGUGUACUCAAGGGAGCGAAAAGGGUUGCGAAUGCUCUGAUAAAACAUGAGGAGGAUACAAUCAGAUAUAGAAUCACACACUCCAGUGUGAAAGACUUGCCUGAGAAGUGUUUACAAGCUGCAAGGGAAAAAUUGAGUAACGCAAAGCCAAGUAAGGUUCCUGGACAAAUAAUGAAAGACUUGAAAGAAGUAACUGAACGCAUAAGUGUGGUUGAGGAAGGUAUUAAACAAUACAUUAAGAUAACAGCUAAUCAAACUUUGGAUAUAAAAAAUAAUGGUUAUACCCCUAAGAAGGAAAGAAAGCUAUACGUUUAUGACACCGCGAAAGAUCCAAAAGAAUUGUCUAUUGACGGAGAUGUCACAGUAGCAAAAUACAAUACUGACAAAUCUAUGAAAAAGUAUAUGAGCGUAAAGGAAAAGAUCCAGACCAUUACUAAUCUAGAUAAGGAGAUACCUGAUAUCGAAUUUUCUGACAAAGAUAAAGAAAUCUUGAGGAAAUUGGAAUUGGAACAUGAGAAGAAUAUUAAAAACAGUGUUUCAAGUUCUGCUAAUUCCUCUAUAACUGAAGCACAUGAAAAGGAAUGUGUACACACACAGAUGAAUUCUAUAGAGAGACCUAACACUAAAUUAUCAGUUAGACCAAAGCAAUGCCUAUCACCUACUGCCAGAGAAAGAAAAGUUCCUUCUACAAGAUUGCAAAGAAUGGUAAGUUUCGGUACCUUGGGUAUUGGCCUCGGGCUUGGUACUGCUGCAGAAUAUACACGAAGGACGUUGGGAUUAAAGGAGCAGAGCAUUGGGGAUACAGUUGACAAUAUGUUUCUUACUAAAGCUAAUGCAGAAAGAAUAGUUUCUACGUUAUGCAAAGUGAGAGGUGCGGCUUUAAAAAUUGGUCAGAUAUUAAGCAUCCAAGAUAAUAGUAUUAUAAGUCCCGAAUUGCAAAAGAUUUUUGAAAGGGUCAGACAAAGCGCUGAUUUUAUGCCAGCGUGGCAAGUAGAGAAAGUGUUAGCUAACGAACUUGGACACAAUUGGAGAGAUAAAUUUGCCCACUUUGAGGAAAAACCAUUUGCCGCAGCAUCCAUUGGACAAGUUCAUCACGGUACAUUAUUGAACAAGCAAGAUGUAGCGAUAAAGAUUCAGUAUCCUGGUGUAGCUAUGGGUAUUCAGAGUGAUAUUGAAAAUUUAGUGGGCAUAAUGAAGGUAUGGAAUAUGUUUCCAGAAGGAAUGUUUAUAGACAAUGUGGUGGAGGUUGCGAAACGGGAAUUAGCAUGGGAAGUGGAUUAUGUAAGAGAAGCAGAAUGUACGAAAAAAUAUAGGGACUUGAUAAUACCUUAUCCAGAUUAUUAUGUGCCUGCAGUAAUAGAUGACGUCUCGACAAAACAAGUAUUUACAACAGAGAUGAUAGAAGGUAUACCCGUUGACAAAUGUACAAAUAUGGAUGUUAAAAUUCGAGAACGUAUAAGUGAACUAAUCAUGCGUUUGAGCCUAAAAGAGUUAUUCGAAUUCCAAUAUAUGCAGACUGAUCCAAAUUGGUCCAACUUCUUUUAUAAUUUCGACACAAAGCAGUUAAUUUUAUUGGAUUUUGGAGCAUGCAGGACUUAUGAAAAAGCGUUUAUGGAUAAAUAUAUAGAGGUGAUUAAUGCCGCGAGCGAAGGAAAUCGCGACAAGGUCCUGCAGCUAUCUCGAGAAAUGAAGUUUCUUACCGGAUACGAGUCCAAGAUUAUGGAGAACGCGCACGUGGAUGCAGUCAUGAUUCUUGGUCAAGUGUUUGACAAUAAUCGCGAAUAUUAUGACUUUGGUGGUCAGGAUGUAACAAAACGGAUUCAAGUCUUAGUGCCAACUAUAAUAAAUAACAGAUUAUGCCCACCACCCGAGGAGAUAUACAGCUUGCAUAGAAAGUUGUCUGGAAUAUUUUUGCUAUGUGCAAAACUUGGAGUUAAAAUAAAAUGUCGCGACAUGUUCCGCGAGAUUUAUACCAACUAUAAGUUUGGCUGAUAUGCAUUUGUACUCGCGUUGAUAAUAAAAGAUAUAAUAUUUUGAUUGAAA